AUGGGAAGAAAGUGUAUUCCAAAAUGCAAAACUGCAAGAAUAAUGGGUUGGGUACAAAUUAUUUUAGGGGGUUUGGUAAUCUUAGUAAGUAUAUUGAGCCUAACUAGAUUCUACUAUGCUGGUUUUUUCUUACACAGUGAAGAAAUAUGUGAGCAUUUGUAUGCUAUAAAGGAUGUAAACGUUGGUUUAGAUGCGAAAGCACUAUCCGAUAGAGUUGAACAAGUAUUGGACAUGUUGGAAAGUUUGCAGGGAAAGCUUGAGUUAAAAGAAAAAGAAAUGGAGAAAAACAAGGGAAUUACCUUAGACAAGAAGUUUUUAGGGGAUGAAAUAGUUAGGCCUCUUCACAGUGCUAAUGUUGCUUUAAGACAGAUUAGGCUUCCGAAGAUGGAAGAAGGAGGGAACUUCACGGUGAAAGAGGAUCCUUUGAUUAAUUAUUUUGUGACCGAGGAGAUUAGAAAGUACAUAACUUCCAAGGAGAAUAGAAUUGGUAAGAUUAAUCUAUAUGGGUCAGACAAGGUUUAUAACACAAUUGGGCAUGCAUGUGUUUUGCACAAGAAAGAGCUGGAACAGUACAUGGAUUAUGACAUUGGUUCAUAUUGUGAUGAUGAUUGGAAUUUAGCUCAGAAGCUUAUGCUUAAUGGGUGUGAUCCUUUGCCUAGAAGAAGAUGUUUGACAAGGGCUUCAAAAGUUUACCAUAAACCAUAUCCUAUCAACGAGUCGCUAUGGAGAAUACCAGAUGAGAGAAAUGUGAUGUGGGGGAAUUACCGAUGUAGAAAUUUCGAGUGCUUAUCAAGCAAGAAUCCCAAGAGGGGUUAUUCGAAAUGUACAGGAUGUUUUGAAAUGGAAAAAGAGAAGGUGAAAUGGGUUUCGAAUACCUCGCUUUCUGCGGACUUUUUAAUCAGUGAUGUUUUGUCAAUCAAACCGGGAGAAAUAAGGAUUGGACUAGACUAUGGAAUUGGGACAGGUACAUUUGCGGCGAGAAUGAGGGAAAUGAAUGUAACAAUUGUGUCAACUGCUUUGAACCUUGGUGCUCCUUUCAAUGAGAUGAUAGCUCUAAGGGGUUUGGUUCCUUUAUAUGUCACAUUAAAUCAAAGGCUUCCAUUAUUUGAUAACAUUAUGGAUUUGAUUCAUACAACUGGCUUUAUGGAUGGUUGGAUUGAUUUCCUAUUAUUGGAUUUCAUAUUGUAUGAUUGGGAUAGAAUUUUAAGACCAGGAGGUUUACUAUGGAUUGACAGGUUCUUCUGUAAGAAAAAGGAUUUGGAUGAUUAUAUGUACAUGUUUCUUCAACUAAGGUACAGGAAACACAAGUGGGUUAUUUCUCCAAAGUCAAAAGAUGAAGUAUAUCUCUCUGCAUUGCUCCAAAAACCUCCCAGAGCCAUAUAA